AUGGCGACGCGCCUUCGCGCGCCUUCGCGCCCGCGCGUCGCGCCCGCGCGCGCGUCGCGACGUUCGCGCGUCGCCGCGCCGCCGCGCGCGAUCGGCGUGCGCCAGGUCGCGGGCGAGGGCGCGGCGCUGGUGGACAGACUUCGCGCGUGCGCCGAGGUCACGGCGGAAUCGUUCGGCGCGGACGAAUCGAGCGCGGUGAGCGUGCUCGAUGGGCUCGUGCGCAAGGUGAGGUACUCGGGCGAUGCGUUCGCGCUGCUCGAGGCGUACGACGACGGCGCGAGCGACGGCGAGGAGGAAAGAUUGUGCGGGUGCGCGGACGUGACGGCGCUGCCGGCGUUCGGGCCGCGAGCGAGCAAGGAAACGCUCGUCGCGAGGGUGCCCAUCGCGCUCGGACUCACGGAACAGAGUAAUUACGCGUAUCUGAGCGGAAUGUGCGUGCGGGAAUCGCAUCGACGACGAGGGGUGGGGGUGAAAUUGUUGGAGGCGUGCGAGACGUGCGCGAGGAAGAUGACGCCGACGCCGGCGGCGAUGGCGUUGCACGUCGAUAGCGAUAACGAAGGGGCGAUCGCGCUGUAUGAGGGGUGCGGAUACGCGCGUGUGAUCGAACGCGAGGUCGACGACGCGUUCGGGCGGAUGUCGCGCGCGCUCGGUGGACUCGUGGGGGGGAAAAAGAAAAAAAUAUUAAUGUCCAAGUGGUUGAGCUCGCGCGAGUAG